CAAUUUCACAAUUGAAGCUAAUUGAUCCAGACUAAACUACCAGCUGCUUCAUUAUUUCGUUCUUUCAUGGAGCUGCUUCAAUCUCCUUCCUUACAAGCUCUGCUUAUAUUUUCUCUCUUUCUCAUUGGAAUACUGAAAAUAGCCAAGCGAGGCAAAACCAAAAACUCCACUUCAAACUUACCCCCCGGACCAUGGAAGCUACCCAUCAUAGGAAACUUGCACCAGUUCGUUGGCUCUCUACCCCAUCGCGGCCUCAGAGACUUGGCUGAGAUAUAUGGACCUCUUAUGUAUUUGAUGCUUGGAGAAGUUCCAACCCUAGUUGUUUCGUCAGCAGAGUGCGCCAAGGAGGUGAUGAAAACUCACGACGCCAUCUUUGCGUUGAGACCCCAGACUGUUGCUACCAGGAUCUUGAGUUACCGUGGUAAAACAAUUUGUUUUUCACCAGAUGGUGAAUACUGGAGACAACUACGAAACAUUUGCACACUAGAGCUUUUAAGCACAAAGCGUGUCCGAUCUUUUCAACGAAUUAGGGAAGAAGAGGUCAUGAAACUCAUUAAAAGGAUUGCAUCAAGGCCAGGAUCACCCAUCAAUCUCACUGAGGAAAUCUACUUAUGCACAUACCGCAUAACUUCGAGAGCAGCCUUUGGUAGAAAAAGUAUAGACCAUGAAAAAGUCAUGCGUAUUGGGAAGGAAGCUCUAAAAGUGGCAGGAGGCUUUACACUUGCAGAUGUUUUCCCUUCUAUCAAGUUGCUGCAUGUGAUUAGUGGAAUGAGAGCUAAACUCGAGAAGCUGCAGAAGGAAGCUGACAUGAUAUUGGAAAAUAUCAUCAGAGAACAUAAAGAAGACAAGACAACAACAAAAUCUCAGGGUGAGGGUGAAGUAGAGGAAGACUUGGUAGAUGUACUCUUAAAGUAUCACGAUCAUAGUUGCCUGAAGUUUUCCCUUACUGUUGAAAACAUCAAAGCUGUAAUCCAGGACAUCUUUGGUGCUGGAAGUGAGACAUCAUCCACAACUGUGGAUUGGUUAAUGGCAGAGAUGAUAAAGAAUCCAAGAAUAAUGAAAAUUGCACAAGAUGAGGUGAGAGAAGUUUUUAACAGAAAAGGGCAUGUUGAUGAAACUAGCAUCAAGGAUAUGAAAUAUUUGAACUUAGUUAUCAAAGAGACAAUGAGAUUACACCCUGCUGCUCCCUUCCUACUUCCAAGAGAAUGCAAAGAGACUUGUGAGAUAGCUGGAUAUAAAAUACCCGUCAAAACAAGGGUAGUUAUUAAUGCAUGGGCAAUUAGUAGAGAUGCAAAGUACUGGACGGAGCCUGAAAUCUUUUAUCCUGAGCGGUUCCUUGAUAGCUCUGUUGACUACAAAGGAAACCAUUUUGAAUAUAUCCCUUUUGGUGCUGGAAGGAGAAUGUGUCCUGGCAUAGCCUAUGGUCUGGCAAAUAUGGAGCUCCAAGUUGCUUUGUUGUUGUAUAAUUUUGAUUGGAAACUCCCCUAUGAAAUGAAGAAUGAAGACCUGGACAUGACUGAGGAUUUCGGUAUUACCGUUCGCAGAAAAGAAGAUUUACACUUGGUUCCCACUCCCUAUUAUCCUGCACCAAUUACAAGACCCUAAUUAAGAGUGUUAACUGCUUCAUGUUCUUGUGAAACAGUCGUUUGUUAUAUUUAUAAUUUGUCCCUUAUCAUAAGAAUUACAACAUAUAUCGUAAUGAAUAAAUAAGAUUGAAAGAAAAGAACAAAUUUAAAGAUAAAAAAUUCUUAAA